UCUCACCUGAUGGUAAGUGAUGAUGCAAUCUAAGAUAGAAGCGGACUAACUUGUUAGGAGGAGGACGAAAAUUCAUAAUCCUUUCGGUCUCUACACGGCAUCGUACCGGAAGGCUAAAAACCUUGGCGGUACGUUUUUGCCGGUAGGGUGGUGGUGUACUAGCCAUGGCCAAAGCCUCCCACCAGCCAGACCUGGAUCAAUUAAGAAAAUCUCAAUAUGCCAAUCCGCAUUGGGCUAGCAUGAUGGACUAUUGGCCUAACCCCUCACAUUCUGAGAGGAGACUCGAGCUCAGCAGUGAGUUGAAUAUAGGUUGAUCAAAAAAUUAACAAAAGAUUUCUAUGAAUUGGUAUGUUCGUCUUUUUUUAAAUCGUUUAUGCCCGAUAGCAUAUACUAUAAGAUAUACUAAAUAGGUACGACCUGAAAUUGACCCUGACAAAAGGCCGGACGAAAGACUUGAUAAUUAUUACGAUAAUUCAGUACAAGUAGGAGCGGAUCAGGUAAAACCCAGUGAAUCAUGUAAAGCAAUGUACUCCGCGCUAGAAUGUAUAACUGGUCUUAUUUUAACUCACUAGGUAUAAUAUUUAACAUUAUAAAAUAUUGCUAAUGCUAAUUGAUCAAAAUUGAGAUACAUACAGGGUGUUCCGUAGAUAUUACGACAAAGAACCUGCUGUAGAGUAUACACUUCUCAAAAUUUUUUGGUGACGGAACCUUGGAACUCUUGGAAGGCGAAAUACCUGACGGAACCCUAUAAUAUAACAAUUGUUUUUGUAAUCAUCAUUAUCAUUAUCAGCCGAUGGACGUCCACUGCUGGAUAUAAGCUUCUUGCAUGGACCUCCAAGCACAACGGUCUCGAGCCGCCAGCAUCCAGCAGUUGCCUGCAACCCACUUGAUGUCUUCGAUCCCACUAGUGGGGUGUCGACCAACACUGCGCUUUCCGGUGCGGAGUCGCCAUUGCAGCACCUUGGGACCCCGACGUCCAUCGGCUCUUCGAACUAUGUGGCCUGCCCAUUGCCACUUCAGCUUCGCGACUCGCUGAGCUAUGUCAGUGACUUUGGUACUUCUGCGAAUCUCAAAUCAAAUCUACGAAGUUACUUUAAUUUUUUCGAAAUAAUAUUUAUUCUCUCCCAAGAAAUGCAACACUACUAAGGGUAAUAAUGGCGUAUUACUGACGUUUUCAAUGCAGUAGUCGAUUUGACGUUUGCUGUCAAUUGUCAUGUCAUAGUUGCUUUAGGGGCGCCAUCUUGAUAGACCACAAAAAUUUGGGUUUUAAUUUCAUUUAUUUUAUAUUAGUUAGUUAGAUUUAUUAACUUUAAUAAAAUCCUUGUAUUUCUUAAAUUUUAAUACAAGAGGGAUACAAGAGUGGACUUGAAAUGGACCAUCUCUUUUCUUUUUUAUUUUUUUUAACACUUAUUUUUUAAUUGUUAAUGCUACACUUUAUGCAUGAUGUGGCUACCUUUAAGUAAACUUAUAUGUGUUUCAAUACCCUAGUUAUUAAGUUUUUUUAUUCUGUAUACAUAUAAUUUUGUUGGUGGCCCAAAUAAUAAAUAAAUUGGUGGAUAACAAACGCAUCCAUAGCAAUGUAGCGUCUCUGGUGGAGAAGCACCCUUAUUGUUUCAUUGCCGAAGAUAAUAAUAAAUGGAUAUGGAUAACAGACAUCAUGUUUGAGAAAUUUGCAGAUAGUUUCAUUAAAGCUAUCGCCAGGUCAUAAGUUGAAAUGAUUUGUGACAAUUCGAUCGUGUUGCGUUGUGUAUAAACGUAUCAUUAGUUCAUUAUUUAAUUAAUUUUGUAUUUUUAGUUUCAUUAAAUAAACUGAUAAUAUAAUAAAGUUAUUAAGUGUAACUUAAUUUUGUGUAAAAAAAUGAUUCCUUUGACAUUUUUAUUUUUGUGUUUGCUGUGGUGUCCAUUCUGCGUGUGCCGUAGAUUAGGUAGGAUUUAUAGUUUUUAGGGUUCUGUGCCUGUAAAAAUAAAACUUUAACCCAAGCCGUAUUAAUAAUAAAGAUUCAGUAUUUUCAGACACUCUCUCGUGGUUCUUUUAGAAACGGCUUUAAUGAGCCAUUUUCCUGUAAAGGUGUUGAAAAAAUCCGCUAAAAACAGCACCGGGUUUAGGUAUAAAUAGACAUAAUGACCGUCAAAUUAUAGUAAGCGACAUUUUUAUUAUAUUAUGUGUCAAUUUUAAUACAAGUAACAUUUACAAAAGGUAAAAUUUUAAAAUUAGUUUACUAACGAUAACGAACCGAUAAUGUACCCGACUGUACUAACAUCUUUAUCGUAAGUACAAGAAUGUUAUAUUUUUACACUUUUUCCUGGGAACAUUUAAAAGGUCCAUAGAUAGCUGGCAUGUUUUCAAUACUCCAUUGACAACAACGGUAAACGUAAGUCGAUAGAAUAAAUAAAUAUUGUGAAGAAUUAUAAUGGAAUUAACGGAAGAUGACGCACCUGAAGCGAAAAGGUAGAUUGUUAUACAAAGGGCUUAAAAGACCCAUUAUAUACGAGGUAUUUUUAGGCUAAAUAGAAACCGAAACCGAGAACGGCGGAACCGAUUUCGCUAAUUCUUUCUUAAGAAUAUUCCUUAAAGUAUGAAGAUGGUUCUUCAUCAUCAUACUUUAAGGAAUAUUCUAAAGAAAGAAUUAGCGAAAUCGGUUACGCCGUUCUCGAGAUUUGCGCUUAGAAAGAUUUAAAAUGUAUAUACCAUACAUUAAAGUUCUACAUACGCAACGAAAAUGCGAAUGAAGUCAAAGAGAUUUUAGAGCGAUGAUUUUUUUAUGAUUUUAAACGUAGGAUGAGGCGAUGGUAUGAUGAAUUUGAGAGAGAUGGAGUUCCUUUACAUGACGAAUUUCGUGAAGGGUUUCCAACUGCCGUCAACGAAAAUAAUGCGGCUAAUUGAAGAAAACCCGAGGAUUACCUAUGAAACAAUUCGGUUACUAUUGGGGAUUGGUAUGAGCCAAAUUCAAAAAAAUGUACACGAAGAAUUGAAAGUUCGGAAACUUUGUUGUCGUUGGAUCCCUCAUGAACUGACAGCGGAGCAAAAGUGAAGUGAAAAUGCGUUUUUGAAGUGAAGCUUCUUUAUGCGCAUGAGGGUAAAAUUUUUACAGAUGUAACGUCACGCCGGUUGCAACGGAAGUGUCGAAAAAGAGAGAGAGAGACCGAUUGAGAGAGAGUAAGACAGGGCGAACGUAGCAUGAAGCAACUAGCCGUGAAGCCGUGGGAGCAAGCAAGUGGGAAAGAUUGAGAGAAAAAGUGAGACAGAGCGAACGUCGUAUCACGCACAGUGCUAUGGAGUGAGAGGUGGGAGAGAGCUAUAGUGAGAAAGAUUGAACGAAAGAGAGAAUACGAGGUAUCGAUAAAUAAUACACGCCAUAUUGGUUGUGUAUUCGUUUACUAGUUAAUUAUUAUAUUGUAAUGACUAUGAAAUUCCUAACCUAUUUUCCUUUUUCCCUUCCUCUUAGUCUCGGAAAUGUGAUGAUGACGAUUUUGAUGAUGAUAGUGACAUAUUAUUUUACAUAGUUUUGAUGAUGUUUUCAGGACAAUCGUGCAUAAUUCCAAUGGGAAAUAAGACCGAGUCGGGCAUUUGCGAGGAAAUCUAUAAUUGUCCUUACGCGAAUGCAUUGACCAACAAAGAGCAGAGGAAACCCAAGAUGUGCUGGUUUAAUGAUGACAUCCGUAUAGUGUGCUGCCCCCUAAAAGACAAGUUACACACAUUGGGGCUCUUUGGGAAGAUGUACGAGUCCAGUAGCGAGGGGGUCAAGCGCUCUACUAACACGAUUUGUCGUUACGACGGCACGCUGCAGAAGUGCUGUCCCGCCCCGCGCGCCGCGCCACCGCCGUCCGAGCAUGGCUGCCCAUCGCUGGACACACCCGAAGCGCCCCCAGACUUCACCAUCGCUCAACGGAUCGCUUGGAAUAAGUGCAUGGAGUAUCAGCGGUACGUCGAACCUUGCGUGGCGGGGAAGAGUCCGUAUACUGGAAGAGUAGACAAACACCGUUUGAUCAGAGUCAAGCGCUGCUUCAUCGAACGUCCGCAAAACCGGUACAGGAUAAGCGGCGGUGAGGACGCAAAUUACAAGGAGUUCCCGCAUAUGGCUGUGCUGGGGCACUACAACUACACAGCGUUCACAGUGGAGUGGGGGGCAGGAGGCUCCCUCAUCAACGAGCAGUUCAUCCUCACCGCUGCACAUGUGCUCUAUGAUCCUAGUCGCCCGCUGCGGUAUGCGCUGCUGGGCACGUUGAACAACACGGACUUCCGCAACGGCAGCCUCUACUCCGUCGUGCGCACCGUCCCGCACCCGCUCUACGACUUCUAUAAGCAGAAGAACGACAUCGCACUCCUGCAGUUGGACAGGCCAGUGCUGAUGUCGGAGUUCAUCCGACCGAUCUGCCUGUUCGUGCCCAGCUUCCGGACAGAGGAUGGGCAGCGCACCGUCGCCGGGUGGGGCGCCACUGGCAAGAGCCCCGGGAUGUCGCAGAUGCUACAGAUGACCGACAACCUGUACAUAACCGACCACACAGAGUGUUUGAAGCUGAAAUCAAACUCAAAAUUCAAUUUCACCUCCAAAUUCCACAUAUGCGCCAAAAGUCCCGCCUUAAAUAAAUCGGAUUCUUGCCAAGGCGACAGCGGCGGGCCCCUGAUGAUACUGAACAGCACGUUCUGCUCGUACGUGGUGGAGGGCGUAGUGUCCUUCGGCGCCGGCAACUGCGCGCUCGGCGCCGCCGCCGUCUACACGCGCGUGGACGGCUACCUCGACUGGCUCGUAAGGAACGUGUGGCCCGAUGACUGGAAUACAGCGAAAGGACAACCAGUCAUGUACAUUUGAAGAAGAAUAAGAAGAAAUACUUUAUUGCACAUAAAAGUACAAUUAUAAAUUAAAACAAUAAUAAAUAAAUAAAUAAAUAUACUUAAACAAUACACAUCACUAUCUGGCCCCAAAGUAAGCAUACAGAGUAGCUUGUGUUAUGGGUGCUAAGAUAGUUGAUAUUAUAAUAUUAAUAUACAUUUAUAUACUACAUAUAAAUACUUAUAUAAUGUAUAAAUACACACAGACACUGGAAAACACCCAUGCUCAUCACACAAAUAUUUUCCAGUUGUGGGAAUCGAACCCACGGCCGUCCUUCUAUAAUUGGUCUGAGAUUUUUCACUAUCACCCACCCAUAUCCCGUAUAAGACGCGUAUUUGGUUGGGUCCCUGCGAAAUAAGCGCGCAGCACGUCGGUACGAUAUGGAUACAAUUCGAAGCGCAAGCGAGACGCCGAAUUAUGACUUUCACGUGAGUGAAAAGCACGGAGCGAUUGACGCGCGACGCAAAUUUUAUGACGUGAGCGCCAAAACCAUUUUUACCUAAUUGCAAGUAAAUUAAACAACAUAACGAAAAACAAAAUGGCCAUAUUCAAGAUAUAUACCUGAUUUUCUAUACAAAACAAAAAUUUAAGAAAAUAAGUUUGCUUUUCCUGAGAUUGAUUGCAAAAUGUGAGCAAAACAUGUAUUUUUCAAAAAAAUAAAAUAUCAGGAUCCUAACUUUUCCAGAAUCUGAGAUCCAGAACCAUUUGUAACCACCAAAUUACAUAUUGCACACUCUUAAGCGUGAUCGUCUUAAGCGGAUUCUACUGUAGUGUGUUAUGAAGCACGACUAAAACUCGGAUACCACGUCGGAAUAUGCCCGACUAGUUUCGAGCCCUUACGUGUACUGCUCAAUAAAUCCGUUUCAAAAUAAAA